AUGAAAAAUCACCACAUAAAAAGAAAACGCAUAAAUAAAAUAAUGACCGAGAUCUGCACUGUGGAGCUUUCAAAACAGGGAUUGAGUGAUAUUCCAUUCAAUAAGAUCAAGACGGAUGUAAAUUGGCUGAUCCUAAGUGAUAAUAAAAUAAAGAAAAUACCAAAGGAGAUAAAAACGCUAAAAAGCCUCAGCCGACUAGCAUUAAACGAUAAUAGGAUAGAGGAGAUCGAUAGUAGUAUUGGAGAUUGUGUUGGGCUGUCCUGGAUGGAUCUCACCAGAAAUAGACUGCGGAUCCUGCCCCCGGAGCUGGGAGCUCUGACUAGGAUAUCAGGCCUAGGGCUGAGUGAGAAUCUAUUUGAAGCAAUACCAGAGUGCGUGUAUAAACUUAAAAACCUAAGGAAGUUUGGGUUUUUUAGCAACAAGGUGGCCUGGAUUUCUCCAGAAAUACAAAAUUUAAAAAACCUGGUAAAACUUGAUCUUUCAAACAAUUCAAUCGAGAGCAUACCCGUUGAAUUUUGUUCUCUGAUAAAUCUCAGCUGGCUUAAUCUGUCAAAUAACAAAAUUAGGCAUCUUCCACAUGAAAUUAACAAUUUGAAAAAGCUGGAGGAGCUCGGACUGGGCAUGAACGAGCUGGAGGAUCUUCCAAACAUGUCCAACUUGAAUGCACUGAGAAUUCUUCCAGUAUUCAAAAACAGACUAAAGAGUAUCCACACUAGUCUCCUAACAUUGAAAAGUAUUGAAAAGCUUGAUUUCAGCGAUAAUGAAAUACCAGAGUUUCCCUAUAUUGCACUGUACAAUCCAUCCUUAAGAUAUCUAAACCUAAGAAAUAAUAAAAUAUCAGAAAUCUCAUCUCUAAGAAUACUAGACGCUCUCAGCUCAAUAACAAUGAUUGAUAUCAGCGAAAACCAAAUAUCUUAUCUUCCAUACAAGCUCUUCAAGUCCUUUGGGCAGCACACCACCAUCAGACUUGGAUCCAAUCCGUACGAAAAGAAGCAUCCGAAAAUCUCGGAUGAGCAAAGUCUUCUUCAGAUCUGCUUUACAAAGAUACUGAAUGAAAAGAACAAGCUGGAUCCAUGGCUCAAUCGCAUGUUUGUGAAGAGGCAUAUCUGCGACUUUUGUAAGUGCUACUUUGUGGUAGAGCCUUGCUAUUGUUAUAAUUACAGCUAUUUGGACAGGGAGCAUCAGUUUGUAGUUGAGAAGAUGCUUUGCUCGAUGAAAUGUUUAAGAAAAUGUGAAGAUUAA